UAAACAUGGCGCCAGGUUUUAGCUGCGCUACAGGCGAUGUUGACGAUAAAGUUGUCUGUUCCUGAAGAAAAUGCCCAUUUAUUUUGUUUGAACAUGUACCAUCUCUCAAGCUUGAUUUCAUUUAUUGUUUUGUAUUUUCUAGGACUCUGCACCUGGUCUCACUGACAGCAGCAUCCGUUUCUUACUGGCGGGGACAGUCUUCGAAAUCUCACCUGCUCAAUAUGACGAAAAGAUCUCUGAUAAUGAGUAUCCGGAAACUUCGCUCUUAUUAAUUGCAGUGUACCGAAGGUGUAACGCUGUCGAAGAAACGCGAGGACUAUGCGCAACUCUAACGUUCACUCAGCGCAUAACGAUGUCCCGAGAGACCGCAACUCAAGCAAGACAUUUGUUUUUCCUCGACUGAAGAAACAGAACUAAAUAUGAAUGAAAGGAAUUUUUCAGUUUCUCAGGAAGAAAAGGAGAGAGAAAGACUUCCUCCAAUUUUAAAUCAUUCGCUCUCUGGUUUAGAUCGUGGAGCGAAGCAGCACUUUCCCUCCUUCAGCAGUUUCAUCUCCACCAUAAAUCCCAAGAGAGCAGCUGGCGAGCACAGCUUUUCCACACAGUUGCUCACACCUAGUGUUCGACAUGCCCGGGAGCUGCCCCCCAUCGUCGCCGAUGUCCGACAGAAGCAGCGCAUCUCCAUCGACACCCUCCCCCCUGAGAUGAAGGCCCCCCUUCCCCCUGAACCUGUCAUCCCCCUCCGCACCAAAACUGCCAAAGAGUUUCAGGAGGACAUUGAAAGGGCAACAGCCUCAGGUGACUGGAAGUUUGUCCACGAUUUCUACUUGACUACAUUUGAUUCCUUUCUGGAGCUGAAUGCUGCCUUCAAGAAAGAACCAAAUGCACCAUUCAACACUAUUGAAGAUUCAGGAAUAAAUAUCAAAUUUGUCAACGUUGUCUAUGAUGCCUUAGUCUAUACGCCCCCAGACAUCCAGAAGUCUGUCCUGAAGGGAAUCAUUAACAGCUUAUUGAGAGAAUGGAAGGGACCUCGGACCAAAGACGACCUGAGGGCGUAUUUUGUACUCGUUCAGAACCCUCAGUACACCAGCACCGCCACAUAUGUCAUCUAUGCACACUUGCUGAGGCAAAUCGCGGCCUUGGCUGAAGCAGACCACCAUUUCCUGGUGCACUGGUUUAAAAAGCUGUCUCAGAGGCGCUUCAGGCAGCUGGUGGAGCGUCUGCUGCAGUUCAUCUCCACGCGGCUGUUCCCUGCUAAGCCGGAGGAGCUGCCCCCCAUGGCCAAGUGCUCCUGGUGGAUCCCCUCCGCCACCCGAGUCCUCGGCCUGCUCAAUGCAGCAAACAGCCUUUCUACCCCACCGAUCAUCUCCUUCACUGAUUUCUACAACCUCACCCUGGACCACAUCGACAUUAUGGAGGACUACAACACCUGGCAGAGUCAUGGAAACUCCAACAGAUUCUCCUUCUGCCAGUUCCCGUUCAUCCUGUCGACAGCGGUGAAGAAGGCCAUCAUCCAGAGGGACUCGGAGCAGCAGAUGAUCAGCAUGGCCAGGCAAAGCCUGGUGGACAAAGUGUCUCGCAGGCAAAGAGUGGACAUGAGCCUGCUCUUUCUCAACAUCAGGGUUCGGCGGCCGCAGCUGGUCAGUGACUCACUGGAUGAGCUCACAAGAAAGCGGGCCGACCUAAAGAAGAAGCUGAAAGUGACGUUUGUGGGAGAAGCUGGGUUAGACAUGGGCGGCCUGACGAAGGAGUGGUUUCUCCUCCUGAUUCGACAGAUCUUUCACACAGACUACGGCAUGUUUACGUACUUCAAAGAUUCCCACUGUCACUGGUUCAGCAGCUGGAAGUGUGACAACUACUCCGAGUUCCGAUUGGUUGGAACUCUCAUGGGCCUAGCGGUGUACAACAGCAUCACCCUGGACAUCCGUUUCCCCCCAUGCUGUUACAAGAAGCUGCUGUCUCCGCCUGUUGUGACGUGUGACCAGAACACGCCCGUGGGCAUCGGGGCUCUCACCUUGGACGACCUACAGCAAGUCAUGCCAGACCUUGCCCGUGGGCUCGGAGAGCUUCUAAGCUAUGAGGGAAAUGUGGAGGAAGACUUUUAUUUGACUUUCCAGGUCUCCCAGGAAGAACUCGGGACAAUCAAGUCCUACAACCUAAAACCGGGUGGUGAUAAGAUCCCAGUCACUAACCAGAACAGAAAGGAAUAUGUCCAGCUCUACAUCGACUUCCUCCUGAAUAAAUCCAUUUACAAGCAGUUUGCAGCCUUCUACUAUGGAUUCCACAGUGUGUGUGCUUCAAACGCACUGAUGCUGCUGAGGGCAGAAGAGGUGGAGAUCUUGGUAUGUGGCAGCCCAGAGCUGGACAUGAGCGCCCUGCAGAAAGUGGCUCAGUAUGAUGGCUACAUCAGAACUGACCCCACUGUCCGCUGUUUCUGGGACGUUGUCCUGGCCUUCCCCCUGGAGAUGCAGAAGAAGCUCCUCCACUUCACCACAGGAAGCGACCGCGUCCCGGUGGGAGGGAUGGCCGACCUCAACUUCAAAAUAUCCAAGAUCGAUGUCUCCACGGAGUGGUUACCAAUAUCACACACUUGUUUCAACCAGAUUUGUCUACCACCAUACAAAAGCAAGAAGGAGCUGAAACAGAAGUUAACUAUUGCCAUUUCAAAUGCUGAAGGAUUCGGUCUGGAGUGAACUCAAAUAGUGAAAGUUUUACACGUAAUUUAAAGACCUCAACAAUGCUAGAUUUGUUCAUGGAUUUCUGCAGAUUUCUUUUGCAUUUUAGUAUUAUUGGAAGCUACAGCGGGUAUAGUAUUACUGUAUUCUGAGGUAUUAAAGCACACUUAUGAUUUUUAAUUUCUAUGUGAAUGACACCCUGUUAUAACAAAUAAUUUUUAAACAUGUGGUAGUGCGGCUUUAUGUCCUCAGGGCCCAAGUCAGCAAACUCUAAUAUUGACUUUUUAUGUGGUGUGUGAGAAGGUGUGUCCAAGCACAAGUCUUCUCUAUAUCUUACUAGGACCAGGAUUCUGCCAGCUUGAUAUUUAGAUCAGCAAAAUGUCUUUGUAGCUAAAAAAAAAAAGCUUUAUAUCCUGUAUCCUUUAUUGGGAUGAAAAGAAACAUAGAAAAGUUGUAGAGUCAAGCAUGCUCAUUCAGAAAGCAUACUAUUUGACUAAAUCUAGGUCAAACUGGUUUGAAUCUGUGAUAAAGUAAUUUGGCAGACAGACUGUAAGGUGUGGGUGUUUGAAGUGCUAGAGUCCAUGUUCUUUUCAGUAAUCUUUAGAGGAAAGCCUAAAAGAAAGUUACUCACAUGGGAAAGGCUUGGUCUCUGGUCUCAGAAUCAUUUAGACAAACAGCUUUUUACGCUGUGACUUGGAACAUGUAUAAAUUAAACAUUUGCAGCCUCUUAAUUAUGUCUUUCUUGUAACAAUGUGUAUACAGCUCCUCAACACUCCUCAUUGUGUUUUGUGUAAAUGCUGGGAGAAUAUUUGAUAAGAAUUAGUUCAUGCAUGGAAAUGUUGAUAGUUUCAUCACUGGGACUCAUUCUACAAUGAGGUGAUGACUGGUGGUUUCAGAAUACAGUAGAUUGGACUCUGUUCAGUGACCUGGCUGGUUUGGCUUAUCUCACAGGACAGAAACAAAAGUAUUACAUGAAUUAAUAUAUGUAUAUAUUGGAAGGAAACCUAAUAACUCAUUGACCUAAUAACUCAUUGAGCAGCAGACAAAGGAACAUCAGAAUACAUAAAAGUUCAAAGUAAGCCUUUAUCCACACCUAGAUAUUUUUGUCACAUGAAUUUCUGAACAACCUUACGGCCAUAAUCUGUCUUUCUUUACUUGAUGAAAGAUUCCUGCCUCACUAAGAUGUACCAGUUUGGUUGGAAUUUGAAAGCUAUAUUUGGGUUAUACUGAACGAUACGUGCUGUACCUUAAAGUUUUCAUAAAGACAUGUAUAGUCCUGACAAACAAGUUCCAGGCGAGGGGGUAGUGACAGGUGAUGUAUCAGAACUGCAGCAUUGUCUUGUAGUGCUUGGAGGGAAUUUCAGUGUCUUAGUCUUAGUAUUUAUUUUUUUAAUUGAACAUUGUGGAUUUGUCCCAAUUAAAAGAUUUAUUGGCUGGUAUUUGUGUCUGUAUUGUCUCUUAUCUGCUCUUAUUGGUUUCA